AUGUUGCUCCAUGAUCGCUUAUUGGCCGCCUUGGCCAUCUUCUCGCUUUCUACAAGCACUUUUGCGGUACCGCAAUCGUCCGCAAUAAAGGAGCUCUCGCGGGUUGUGAUCUACAGUCCGCCUUCCACUUAUACGGAUCCGAGAGUUCUCUAUGCGCGCACGGCGCAACUCCCGAAUAACGAUAUUCUAGCAACCUGGGAGAAUUAUAGCCCGGAACCUCCCCCUGUAUACUUUCCCAUCUAUCGAUCUAGCGACAAAGGCGCUACGUGGACGAAGCUCUCUCAAGUCGAGGACCAAGGAUAUGGAUAUGGAUUAAGGUAUCAGCCAUUCCUCUACGUGCUGCCAGAGGAUUUCGCAGGUUAUAAGAAAGGGGACGUGCUACUAGCCGGUUCAUCGAUCCCGACAGACCUCUCAAAGACCCAACUUGAUCUCUAUGCUUCCUCGGAUAGCGGCAAGACUUGGAAAUUCUUGAGCCAUGUUGCUGCUGGAGGCGAAGCCAGACCGAAUAAUGGAUUGACUCCCGUCUGGGAGCCAUUCUUGCUACUUCACAAGGGCAAGCUUAUAUACUACUACUCGGACCAACGAGAUACGAAACACGGCCAGAAGAUGGUUCACCAAACCACUACCGACUUGCGCAACUGGGGUCCCGUGGUUGACGAUGUGGCUUACCCUACAUACAGCCAACGCCCAGGGAUGCCAUCGGCAGCAUUGCUCCCUAACGGCCAAUACAUCUUCACGUAUGAGUAUGGCGGGGGACCGAACCCGGCAAAUUCGGGCACAUUCCCAGUCUACUACCGUCUCUCUAGCGACCCAGAAAACUUUAACAGCGCGACUCAUCAUUUGUUGAGGACUACUGAUGGCACAGUCCCAACAGGCUCACCAUAUGUAGUGUGGUCCUCAGCUGGCGGUGCGAAUGGAACGAUUAUCGUGUCUUCGGGGUGCUGUUCUGACAUUUACAUCAACAAGGCACUGGGAGCCGAAAAUGCAUGGACGAAAGUGUCGACGCCGGAGGGAGCUUCGUAUACUAGGUCUCUACAUGUCUUCCAGGAGGAUCCCAAGUCUUUUCUGAUCGCAGGAGGUGGUCGUCUGCCGCCUAGCACAACUAAUAAGGUCACUAUCAGCGUGAUGAAUGUUCCAUGA